AUGAAGGAUGGUAUUGUAGUUCUUGGUUUGGUUGAGAAGAACAUCUUCUUUGAACCAGGCCAGAGACACAUUUCUGCUCUUUUCUUCAUAGCACAUCCAGACACAGGAACUCUUUGUCAUACAGCUUCAGGUCUUGCAGUUGAGGGGAAGAUCAUGAGAGUGGUGAGACAAGAGGGAGAACCUGUUACCUUACAACCUCAAACACGCAAACUACUAAGCAAUGAACGGUUAACAUGGACAUUUACUUCAGUCAAGUCACUUUCAGAAUCACAAAUAAUUCACAGUCAGUUGUUCAGGGGUGAAGUUGUAACUGAAUACAAUGGAAUAUUUAAAGACAGUCUGCUGCUGAACAGAGAGACAGGAUCUCUCACCAUCAGAAACAUCAGCACCAGUCAGUCUGGACUCUACCACCUUCAAAUAACAGAGGACACUGGGGAGGUGACACAUUGGCACUUCAAUUGUACAGUCUAUGCUCCUGUCUCUGUGCCUAACAUCAGCAAAGGAACUCAGCUCAAUUCAUCCCGCUCAGGAGGCCAGCCUCUGCCCAGGAGGUGUCAGGUGUUGUGCUCAGUGAGACAUGGCAUGGAUGUGUCCUUGCACUGGUACAAACAUGACAAGUUACUAAGUAACACGAGCACUCCUGAUGUCAACAACACCCUCUCCCUUCAUCUGGACCUAGAUGACCAGGACAGCGCCACCUACAGUUGUGUAGCUGCAAACCCAGUCAGUAACUAUACAUCGAGUUUGGACAUCACUGCUGUGUGUUUGAGUGGGCAGCAACCAGAUUCAUUGCAUCCCUAUCUUUACUAUAUCCUGGCCAUCAGCACUUUGAUGAUUGCAACUGUAAUAGUGGUCACAGCAAUAUGGUGGAAAAGGACUCAUACCCUAUGCACAGCUCAAGAGCUUGAAGAGCCAAGCUAUGCUGAUCUGGAGUAUCGACAUGCAAAGGACCAAAAAAAGGAUGCUUCACACAGGACAGAACACACACCCGACACGAUAUACUCAGCUGUUGUAACGUGAGACUAAAAAUAUUGCAUACAUAUUUUGAAUAUGUAUUUUACCUGCUAAAAAGUUUGGUUACUGAUGUUAAGACAAAAUGUCUAUUUCUAAGAAUAACAAAAGAAUAACAAAGAAUUUCUAUAACAAAAGUUGGUGAAUGAGCUCAAAGGCACAUCUGAAUGAAACUGUUAGGACAGGUGAUCUGUCAGGUCAGGUGUUACUGUGUCAACUAGACAUGUAUAAACAUACAAAUUAAGUCUUGUUUUUCCACUUUCCUUCUACAUUGUUUGCUUGUAAUGAAUUAACUGUCGUAUUAUAUACAGUAUAUUUCUCAGUCAUUUUUGCAAGGUGACACAUUUUAGAUUGCCAGAUUUAUUACAUUACAUUACUCUCAGCUAAGACUUUCAUCCAAAGCAACUCACAGAUAUUUUUAAGUAGGCUACAGGCUAUUGGUUACAGCCCCUGGAGCAGUGUGAGGUUAAGUUCCUUGCU